AUGUCAUCUUCAUCCAAUCAUCAUUCAAAAACCUCUCCAUCAACAUGCACUUCAACAAUCAGUGAAAAAUCUUACAAGAUCAUGUCCAGUAACUAUUGUCCUUGUUGUUGUACUAGUAACAGCCCCAAUCAAUCAUCCUUUUCACCAUCAUUUGCAAAAAGUUUGACCACCAUGACACCACCAACUGGAACAACCACUCCAUCCUACAACAACAAGUAUAAUAUCUUUGUAAAACCAACCAAAAUAACAACAUAUAGUUCCUCUCCAUUGGAGUCCUCUGCUCCUUCUUUCUCUGAUGGCGUUGCUGCCAUCCAAAGAAUAGCAUUGAAAUCUUGUUCAGCUUGUUCCAAACAACAUCAACCAAUAAGUGUCAAUGUCCAUAAUCACAACAAUUCCUUUCAGUCUUCAAUCAGUACCAUUUCCAAGGUCACUUGUUCUUCCAUUCCAUCAUGCAAAGCAUCCGCAAAUCAAGAACAAGAACUCAAUACUGAAGAAGUUGAAGAAGAUUCAUGCCCAUUCUCCUCCAUUUCAUCCAAUCGUGUCCUGGAAACCAUAAAAACAUAUAAUCGAAUUGAUUCUUUCAUUGAGAUGCAAGAUGAAGGUUUGAAAAUUUUGAGAUCUUAUUUGAGACAACGACAAAAUGAAGAAUAUUUGCUUUAUUUGGAAAUGACUCGAGAAUAUAAAAAGAAGAGAGAAUUGAGAAAGAAUGAAGAUUCUGACUUAUUAUUACUAUUAGAAGAGUUUGAAAAAGUUUAUCAAGAAUUUUUGAACUUUGAAAGUGUCACUUGUAUGAAUAUUCCUGCAGGUUUGAGAGAACAAUUUGUAAAUGUUUGGAUUGAGAAAGGAACUCUUUAUGAAGCAGUUCACCAAUCGACAACCAAUCAUUACAAUGCAUGGACAGAAGAGACAAGAAAAAGUGUUGGAUCUGAGGAGGGCAGUGGACAAUCACCAUACCUGCCAUGUGCACGACCCAUCACAAUAAGAAAUGGUCAUUUGACAAAUAUUUCUCUUGAAUUGGCUCAAAAGAUGAGAAAGUGUUUGGAUGAUUUGUUCAUUUCUGUUCAAAUUCAAUUCAAGAAUGAAAUUAUGCCACAUUUCAAAAAAACAGAAGACUUUAAAACAUUCCUUCUUACAAAGCUCAUCGAAUUGAGUUCUCAACCUCAACAAGAUUCAAAUCCUUCCAAUUCUGCUUCACUUUCACCAGAGACAGUACUUAUACAAGACUUUUUGACACAAAAUGGUGAAUUAUCAAAAUAUUGUAAAGCCUUUUCAAAAAAGAAUUUGAUCACCAUGGAACAAAUCAGAAAUUUCACUUCUGAUGAUUUUCGUGACAAGAUUGGAAUUAAGAAAAUUGGUCACUUGAAACGAAUGGUCAGACUCACCAGAGAACACUUCAUGCAUGAAUAA